AUGGAAGUGCUACAUGUCGUAGCACGAAGCCGCAAAACACCACGCUACGAUGGGACAACCAGUGCCGAUCCCGCCGCCGCCCUUACUGUCAUUCUCGCCAGACGAAAUAGCCACCAUCGGCCUGGCGUUGCGUAUCCCACCAUUUUGGACCGACAUGCCCAAAAUGUCAUUCCUACAUUUCGAGUCAGUGAUGGGACCACAACACCAGGAGAGCAGGUCAAGUACGAAAUGGCGGUGAGCAAGCUGGGUAAGGAUAAGCUCAACCAAGUUAGCGACCUCAUAAGCAACCCACCGAAACAAGGUCGCUACAACGCACUGAAGAACAGGCUCCUCAGAGCCUUUCAAGCCAGCGCCGACGCUCAGUUUAACAAUCACGUGUGGGUGUGCACCAGCCACCAAGAUUUUCAAUAUCUUUAA